GAACAACUCUCGUUUAAGUGUAUCCCAGGAACAUUAUUUCUCUGACAUGAGCCUUAGUCUAGAACAAUCCGAAACAUUCUAGCUUUUCCUGAUACAUGAACUCACAGGUAUGAUUUUUGAUAAAUUCGACCUCAUUUCCCCUCCCCAAAGUUUUAGCUGAGGUCGAGUGGUCGCUUUUCUGUUGCUGGAGUCGUUUCGACUCCUGCAACCGGGGCGCCCACUCUAGUACGAAAUAAGUGUUUUUCUUACGUGCUUGCAUGAACAGAUGGACUUGAGAGUAGCAAGUGAGUAUAAGUUGGUUUUCUACUCCUGUUAAUUAUCACGAGUAUCCAAGCACUAGCACGUAUCUGAACUACCAAUCACGACUUUGCAACGUACCUUUAUCCACUAUCUUGAUGAAUUACAAACAAUUAACCUGAUAACAUCUAUUGCGUUGCCUUCAAGCUUGUGUGACUGAAAAAAUCUGAAAUUAGUAAGUGCAAAAGAACCUAGUUCCGAAGAUGUUUGCUCGUUCACGGUCAACGCGCUGCUUGGCGCUGAUUCCCGUGUUUUUCGUGCUCGUCCUCUUUGCGUAUUGUGGCUUCGUCUUCAACUUCUACGUAUGUGCGAUUAUGCACCCUGAGCUCUACUACGCCAUCCCGCUGGGUAUCCUCUUCGACUCUCUCUUAGGUGUAGCCCUGUGGGCCUACUUCAAGGUGCUCUGUACAGAACCCGGCUGCAUAUCAGAAGAGUACCAGCAGAGGGCGAUGGAGGAGGACAUAGGUACUUAGCACUGAUUUGACUCCUAAGAAUAUAUCUGAUACUUCUUGAUGUUAGCAUGAAUCAUUGUCAUACAUUCAUUACCAGUACCAGGUCCUCUGUGUAGCUUUGAAUACGAGGAUGUUUUGAUUUGUUUUUCGAAUUUCUCGAGCAUUUCUUCGUCUCGAGACCAUUCACUGACUCUCCUAAAUUCUCAUAUUCCUCUCUGUCCGUCUUCAGGGACGAUGUGUCGUCGUUGCCACGCGCGACGACCACCAAGGGCGCAUCACUGCGGUACGACCAACCAGUGUAUUCGGCGCAUGGAUCACUACUGUCCUUGGACGGGGAAUACCAUUGGUAUCGAGAACCACAAGUAUUUCAUCCAAUUCCUGGGCUACACGUUUUGCGCUUGCAUGGUCCUUUUCGGCACGUUGCUGCCCGAUAUGAUCGGAUUUAUCUCUGGCAGCAAGUACUUAGUCGAAGAACCGAAUGAGGCUGGCCUGAAGAAGCUGGAGCAAGGGUACCGAAACAUGAUCAUCUUUGCCGGCAACGCGCAAGCAGCGACCGCUCAUAUCAUUCUAGCCAGCAUCGGCGCUCUUGUCGGGAUGGCUUUUGGUCUGUCGGUGGGCGGUCUGUACGGAACGCAUCUGUACCUGAUGAUGGCGAACACCACCACGCUAGAGAUGGGCGGCUACUUUGGGGCAAUGAGCAGGUACGACCUAGGCUGUUGGGCAAAUACAGAACAACUCUGCGGAAAGUUCGGACUCUGCUGGUUUCUCCCAAUCGAAGGCGUAAGAGUUUGCGACGGCUACGAGUAUCCAAUGCGCCCUGAAACCGAUGAACGUAGCGACGACAGCGACGCUGUCGAAGAGGAAAAGAGGUAAGUAAUUAGAGUUCCCAUAGGAGAGCGAUUGAAAUUAGACGUGUUGAGCGAACUCAAAUUUAUUCAGAGGCCAUAGCACACCCGCAUAUAUUCUCCUUGUUCUUACUUUCGCUAGGGCUACGGUUCCAUUAUUUCUAGUGCGAAACUCGAGUGAAUUUUGACUGAAUUCCUAUCGAGCUGUCCUCCAAUGAAUCCAAAACAGUUCUUCCUCGCGAUUGACGGACAGAAAGAGCAAGAAGAGGAACUCCGGCUUUGCAGCGCAUAAGCUCGGAGCAGCACAGCCUAUGACGGUGACAGCACCAGACGCACGCGAAGAAUAUCAAGAUGACACACCGGAAGACGACAGAAGCAAGCUCGUGGUCAACCGGGAAUCCAAAUGAAAGCCUGACGCGUUCUUGCGUCAAAUGUGAGAUAAAGACUUGAUAUUGAUAAGACUACUACUAGUAGUCAGAUGAGGAUGUACUACAUGUAAAUUUAUAUUCUACCCUUGUUUGGCUUUGGCUUAUCGUUAUUCUACAGCACUGCAAUUACACACAAAAUUUGAUGCCAGUAAUGAGUCAUGAAGCUUCAGGUAGCACGCGACAGUAAGUCUUGAGACUAUGAAGGUUCUAAGACCUCUGCACGAGUCAACAUCGUAAUCUACGAUUAUAGAACAACAACAUAUAUAAUUUUGGUGCGCAUAAUGAGUGCUUUAUUUGCCGUAAGCUAUUCAUACCAUUGGAUUCCCUCUGUUGACUGACAUGCGCAUGUGCGACUUGUCACCUCCUGUCAUCUAUGUUGUGUUUAUGCCUUCAUGUUCUCUUAGUGUCUCUCUCUCUCUGUCGUCUAGGACAGUAAGUAUGUACUAUGAGAACAAAAAUUAAAAGUGUGGUGCUGCACUAGUCGAAGAUGUACGCAACACGGGCGGAUGCGCAUCAAUAUUCUUCGGACGACCGACGAUCAUUUCUGAUUCGUUCCAGGUAACUGCAUUAAGAAAGGAGAAUGAUACGUCGGGUCGUAAUGCAGAAAUGAACUGCGAAAAGGUGGCUGUUCGAAGAAUCCGUUCUGGUUUACCUCAUGACAAAUCAACAUCUACCGGA